AUGACGGUGCGACCGCUGUCGGCUGCCUUGGUGAAGAAGGCUGAAAAAGAAAUCAAUGAGGAUCCUCGAAGAGUAGCAUCUGAUAUCAUAGCUAUUAAUGACUGGCUUACAAAACAGUCACAUUUAGAAUCUGUUCGUCCAUCGGACCAAUGGCUUAUUGCAUUUCUGCGUGGUUCCAAAUUUAGUCUUGAAAGAUGUAAAGAGAAAAUGGAAAUGUAUUACACUUUCAAAACCAUAGUACCCGAAUUCUUCGAGAAUAGAGAUCCCUAUGAGCCUAGAAUUCAAGAAAUACUGAAACUUGGAGCCUUUUUACCACUGAGAAACUGCCCAAGUGUAGAUUCUCCCCGUACAAAUAUAAUGCGGUUAGGUGUUUUUGACCCGUCAAAGUAUCACUUAGUGGAUUUAAUCAAAGUGUCUCUCAUGGUGACAGACAUAUUGAUGCUGGAAGACGACAAUUUCACUGUUUCUGGUGAGGAUGUUAUAGUGGAUAUGGAAGGUGUAGGAAUAGCUGUGUUGAGUCAAUGGACACCUGCUUUGGCGAAGAAGGCAAUAUACUGCUUCGAGAAGGCUCUUCCAGUGAGAGUCAAGAGCAAUCACAUCUUGAAUACUCCAUCGGGAUUCGAAACGGCUUAUUCUAUUUUCAAGUCAUUUUUAGGAGAGAAAUUAAAACAGAGAAUAAAAGUACACAAUAAAAACUACAGCUCCAUGUAUAAGACUAUACCUAAAUCUAUUCUUCCAAUCGAAUAUGGUGGCAGUGAUGGCAGUGUGCAAGAACUGACAGAUCACUGGAAAGCUAAAGUGGAGAGUUACCGCGACUGGUUCUUGCAACAAGAGGAAGUCCGCUCCGAUGAAUCCAAGAGGUCUGACGGUACAUCCAAGAAUUCCUCUAUUGUCUUUGGAAUAGAGGGAUCCUUCCGAAAACUAGAAGUCGAUUAA